AAAAGAGCAUCAUUUCUCAGUCAUCCCUCGUAGCGUGCGGACGUGUACGGGAUUGUUUUACUCGCGCUGUGUAUACGUGCAAGCGCGCGCGCGUGUGUGUGUGUGUGUGUUAGCGUGUUUUUCAGUGCGCGAGGGAAACAGUGGUGUGCCUUUGUGUGGUGCAACGAGCAGUCUUGCCGCUGGAAGCAACCUGUUCGCAAGCUUUUUCUUACUGACCGCGCCCCCGUCCCAGUAGAUUGUACGUUAUUUUGUUUGUAGCAAAUCCGCUCGGAUGUAAAAAGUUGCGUCUGCCACGAACCACCAAACGGCCGGACAACAGUGCCAACAGUGUGAAGCCGAAGCCCCACAAAUUUGUUUUCGGUCGUGAUUGCAGCUGAAAUCCGUGCCUUUUUGAGGGUGGGAACCGGUUUCUGUUGGCGUGCUUUGAACGUGCGAUAGAAGUACGAUGGCAACAUAGACCUGGCGACGUAGAACUGGCUGCUAGAAGUUUACCAUACGUUCAGAACUUCGAGAUCAACACUCGCCGUUUUGCAUCACAACACAACACGUUCAUCUCCGUUGCACCGUUCAACCCGCUGCAUCGAUCAGCUCUAGUGUUCAUAGCCGAGUGCCAAGCUAAACAGUCACGUCCGGUGGCGAUGGACAUACCGACGUCCAGCCGCCAUGGUGUUGGCCAGUAUGGCCGACAUGUAGUCAUUCUUCUCGCGUGCCUUCAAUUGCUGCCGACGGUCUGGACAGUGGGCCGGUCAUCAUCCGUUACGCUCGAGGCGCGUAUGCGAGACGAUCCCGACCUGUCCGAGUUCUACUCGCUAAUCGAACGCGAUGAAAUCGCCAUGUCCAGGCUGGUUCACCAUCCACUGACAAUAUUUGCCCCCACGAACCAAGCCUUCCAGCGUUACCUCAACAACAAAACGCACCUCAACUACCACAUGUCGUCCACUCCGCUCCGGCUAUCGCAGCUGGGAGAUACGGUGCGUUCGCUCAACGACGACGGUACGCCGCUGUACAUCACGCGCCGCCGGCCGUUGAGCGGCAUGCAGGAGGACCUGUACGUGAACAGUGCGAAAAUUGUCCGGGAGCGGUCGAACAUGGAGUUUAAAAACACCCGCGGCUACACCCAGAUACUGCACAUUAUAGACGAUGUGCUGACUCCGAUAACGACUGUGUUCAACAAAACGCUCGAUACGCCCAAUCCUGAUGCAUGGGGAUUCCUGCAGAGCGUAGAAGCGAUCAACAUUGAGCCGCACCGGGUCAGGUCCUUUCGGAAGAAGAUACUGAACCUGAAGCGCGACCAGGUGUUCAAGAAGUCGGGCAUCUCCACCUUCUUCAUACCGGUCGAGACAGGCUUCAAGGUGCCGCCCAAUCCCACCCUGAGCAUGAUUGACAAGCGGGUCAUCGAUGGGCAUGUCAUACCGAACAAAGCCAUCUUCACAACGCCGGCCCCGUACGGGAAGCCGCUGGAGACGCUCCAGUUUGAGGACGAUCUGAGGGUGACAAUUACCUUCUUCCGGCACGAAACUGGCAAGAAUACGCAUCGAGUGUUUGUCGUAUCGAACACAAUGUACUCCAACUCGCGGCUAACACCGGGUGCGGUCAUAGCGGAAAUCGUGAAACCGAACAUUCCGGUCGCGAACGGUGUGGUACAUCUGAUUCACCGCCCGCUCGUGAUCGUCGAUAUGCACGGGAUGCAGAUGCUUACGGACAACAGCCACACGCUAUGGUCGAAGUUUAGGGACCUGAUCGAAGACUACGCACCGGAAUUUCUGAACGUCCUGCGGGGCAUGAGCCAGAUGACGCUGUUCGUGCCGCAGGAUGAAGCUGUCGCCCAGAUGAUGCAAACCAACUUUAUGAGCAACCGCAAGAAGCUGCUCGAGGUACUAAUGAUGCACGUUGUGCCAGAUGCCAUAACGAUCGACAAGAUAAAGCGUAAUAACCAGAACCAUAUUUACCAAAUCCCAACGAUGAACAGUCGCCGCUUCCUUUACUUUAACCUGAACGAGAACCGCACUACGCACGACAAAAGCGUCACCGUCGAGGGUGGUGGCGUCAAUGCCUCCCUGGUGCUCGGGGACAUCGCCACUAAGGAUGGCUACAUCCACAUCAUCGACCGUAUGCUGGGCGUUUCGUACAUGACCGUCCAGGAAAAGCUGGAAACCGAUCCGAUGCUCAAUCUUACGUACCACUUUGGCAAGCUGAAUCACUUCAACGAUCAGCUCAACAUGACCAACAAGCGGUUCACGUACUUCGUGCCAAGAGACAAGGCCUGGAUCCAGUGGUUCAUUGAACAUCCCGCCGCGAACCUCGACGAUUUUGUACGGAACCGCGAGCAGUCUCGGAUGGUGCUGGAGCAUCAUCUCAUCGUAGCCGAUCGGGUGUUCAGUAUGGGUGAUCUACGCAACAUGUCGCAUGAUUCGCUCAUCCUACCGACCGUCGGGUUGGAGAGCUUGCAGAUUCGCGUAAAGGAGGAAGACAACAGGUACUUCAUCCAGUGGAAGGAGACGGGCCGCUGGACGACAGUGUUCCGUGCCGAUGUGGAAUGCACCAACGGGCUGAUCCACGUCAUCGAUGUACCGUUCGUGCACGAGUACGAUAUGAUCACCAGCGGCGGCCAUCGCCUGUACAGUAUUGAGCCGCUGACACUACUGCUGGUGACGGUGCUGACCGCGCUCGGGGCGGUCUAGAGCCGGAACGAAAGGCAAACAGGGAAACAUUGUUUCGUUUCCAGGACACACCCGACCAAUCGUGACGUCUCGAGCCGUGCGCUGUGCAGCACACCGUGAGCGAGGAAAAUUGGAUUGUGUGGAGUAUGCUUUUCAUUUCGUUCCAACCGGUUCGACGGAGAUGCGGCGCGAACGAACCGUCAUUUUGUUGCCAAAUACUUGAGUUCGAAUUUGAAACUCUACUAGCAUCAUAGUAUCGAAAUUGUAUUCGUUUUAGAUGUCCCAUUCUACGCGAUUGUUUGUUGAAUCUAUUUCUCCCUCUCUAUCUCCGUCUUUCACGUAGUUGUAAGGCAAAUAAGUUGCGAUCCAAGAAUCUCGUAUUUAGUGUGACACAGUCCUUUUAAAACAGGCAAUUUAUCGAAUAGGCAGGUGUUUUUAAUUUCAUAAUUACUUCAGCGUUACGAUAUUAGUCGGUACAAUUCAGCGACCCGUUAAGAGUGGCUUGUAAUGUGUUUUUGCGUAGUCUUACUGUAUAGUGUUACUGUUCCUUUCUUUGUUUGAUUGCUACCCAAAGCAAAAGCAGCAAAAUGUGAUUAGUUUUCGUAGAAUCUGGUUUGCCUAGUGCCUUGUUUCGUCCGCUUUUCAUUCACGCUCUAUCUAUCCGUACCUUUUCCAGUGUGUUCGUGUGCCUUAAUAUACAAAGUUAAUAUACAACCCGACGAUGGGCCGGGGAAAAUGAGAAACCUGGUACCAUGUUCCGAUAUUUGCCGUACUACCGAAUUGCCUAGUAAAAUGCCUUCCGCAAACAGACAGAAAUACAAGAUGAAAUCUAAAUCCGAGAAUACCAAACACUACCAACCGAGGUGUAUUGUUGAAACGAAGUAAGAUAGCGAACAAAAACGGAAACAAACAUUUAAAAGAGUGUGCGUGUGUGUGUGUGUGUGUUUCGUGUGCAGCUGUUUAAACGUAUUUACAAACGUAUUGAUCCGUGUAAGUUGCAAAGAAGCCCAGAUUAGUUUUGGUCUAUGAUAAAUCGCAAAAAGAUAUUUAAAUCAUAGUCAUCUUUUGAUACUGCAAAUAACACUCUUGCUUCUACUACUACUACCAAUAUUACUACUACUAUUACUACUACUACCACUACUAUUCAUAAUUGAAUUAACUACUUCCUUCCCUGUUCUACUAGGCUAACGAUUAUGAUGAUGCUAGGAGCGUAAGUGCGUAUUGCCAAAUUAAGCGCAUAGUAUGUAAGGUGGUAACAAACAGGAAACCGAUUUAGUUUUUAGUUUUCUUCACGGGGAGACGCCCCUCAAUUUUCCUUCUUCCCGAUAGCGUGCUUUCAAACUGAGCCUCAAUAUUCGCCUUAUUAGGAGUGGCUGUCGGUAGUGAUUGAAUAUGUUUGGCAAAGUUGGGCAGAACAGGGCGGUGCGAAACAAUAUAGCAAGACAUUGCUAUUUAAAAUAGCCUUUCCCGUUUCAACGUUGUGUUUGUUUGGCCCCUUAUUAUUAAAACUAGCUCGUGUCAAUAUUCUAGCACGUAAUGAAACAACUACAGAGAAGGGAAAGAAGAAGAAAACAACCGAACCGAUAAUGUAAGAGUUUAACAGACACACACCUUGGAUGAAUUGAGCAGACUAAAUAUAAGAACCGGUGCAAUACAGAACCGAUGACAGACGGAAACCUGCUUUAUUACUUUCUAGAUCGCAUUCAUUAAGCUGCCGAUGAGGUCGUGUUGCCACUCGCUGGCGCUGCGGGUUUUUACACUCGCACAUAAUACACACCCGCUAAUGAUCAAUUAGGGAAAUCAAACAACGGGCUCAUUUUUAAGCAGUGCCCUCUGGCAGCGUUAUCCACGCGCUUCCGACGCGAUUGCCAAACCAAGCGAUGCCGGGUCCGGCGACCCGAAACACGGAUACCCAAUUAGGCGGGCUGGGCAGGCGACAUAUUAAAUUAGGCCACGUCAGCGUGCGGAGGGUUCUCUCGUGCGGUCGCAAAUUACUGAUUACUUCCUGUCCCUUGCAUGAUGACACUCUAGCGCAGAUAUUGGUGUUAAUUGGAUUUACUUUCGGGGUACUCGGUUUGCCCCCCCCCCUCCCCCCAGCGCAGUCUGUGAUGUGUGAGUAUGUGUGUUUGUGUGUUUCUGUGUCAAUUUAGUUGACUUAAUUUACUUAGUCAAAAGAAAGGAACCACAGCUCGUAUAUCAUCCGUACCAGAAUCCGUGCGGGCGUUCUAUAAUCUCUGCUCGCCGUACCUAAACGUCUUAGCCGUGACGCAGUUGUUACGGCGCAAAAAAAAAAAUACAAAAUCCUAACGUUGCCUCGCUUCGUAAUACGCACGUGCGUGCCUACUGUUCCCCUGUCCGCUAAGAGAACCGAAGGUGGGAAAAGGUCGCCGGAAAGAAGAAACAAAAUAGAAGAGCGUCCGCCAACUCGGAAGGGAAACAAAUGGUUUCCGAAAAUCAAUACACCCCAUGUGCGGUGUACCAGGCGUCAAUGAGAGCGAGUGUGUGUGGUAAGUUUGGGAAGCAUGGUUAUUGAUCUGAUUCUGGCAAGUUGCGCUGUUGCUUAAAACCCAAACCCCCGUGCUGGGCAACGACUUUUGCUGCAACGCAAAUGCCAGCACGCUGCAUUUCUUCUGCUCCAAAAUCUUGUCGAAAUGCCGCAUUAAAUCGUUCACUUCCAGGCAUGGCAGGCCCAUUGGGCGCGAGAUGAGAAAGUGAAAUUGCUUCGAUCUCAAACCCGACCCGGCUGGGCGCAUGAUCUCGCGCUCUUCCCGUUGCUUCUACUGCUGCUGCUCCUUGUCGUUAUCGUAUCCUGUUCCAUUGCCACUGAGGCAACACUGUUUUGAAUCCCGAAUCGAUUCGGAGAUUUUGUUCUGUAUUGUUCUGGUCGCUUCUCUGGAAAUGGAGCGAAAGAGAGAAAGAGAGAGAGAAAGGGUGAUUGGACAUCUCGCACUGCUCGCGUAUUAAUAGCGUGCUUAGUUGUAUGUAUGUGUGUGUCUGUAUAAGACGUUGCUUUGUUUGUUGCAGAUGGUUUACGAAGCCCGACGCCAUCACUGCGCAUGUGUGCACGCUCCGGUGCAGAUAAGAUGGAGGAGCAUCGUGCGGGUUUGCCCCAAACCGAUGGCCAUAUUUGGUUGAGAGCAGAACGCGCUUCCGACGCGAUUGCUGUGCCGAACGGAUGUUGCCCGGAGAGCAAACGGGAGAAAAUGAGUGUGAGAGGGAGAGCGCAGAUCUGCAGAUCGAUGAGGUGGUAGCCGCCAUGCUCGUACCGUUCACUGCGACUACUCGUUGUCGGAUGGUCGCGCGCUCGAGUCGCGGGCCACGCGGUUUCUUCCCCAAGCGAACCCGCCACCGCCAUCGCAAUCAACCAAACCACCAACCACACCCAAUCAAAUGACCUCUGCCGCCUGGCCCGUUCCCCUGCCGUGGGGUAGAACGCGUUCCCCGCGCAGCCACCAGCAGUUCAGCAUCUCAGCGGCGUUUACGUGGGUAAACGAUACGAUUGCAGCUAAUUGCAGCUGGCCUGGGCAGCAGCGUGCUGGGCAAUGCGACCCCCUCCGUCCACAGGCAAUUGUGUGCAAAGGUGUGUGUGAUUCGUUGUACGUUGGGGGUUUUCUUAAACUGCGAUCACGACGUUGGCACGCUUCCCGGAACGAUCCAAAUCGACUUUCAAUAAUACAUCCACCGUAAAUGAGAUUGCCGACCGAGCGCGGUCCGUUUGCUUCCCUUCUGCCGGACGGGUGCGUACGUAAUACCCAACCCCCUCCCUCCCCCCCACACCAUCCUCCUCACCCCUUCGUCUUUAGUGAUGCGCACAAGGCACCGCCCUUUUCCCGCUCGCUCCACGAUUCGUCGCUGACGUAAUUCCCCGCAGCAUCCACUGCCCGCCAUCCUGCCCGCCCGCGCAACGUGUCGAAAGUUUUCUCGCUUUUCCGCACGCACACGCAGCCACAACCGCUUCUGCUGCUGCUGCCAGUCCUGCACGCCUGAUAAGCGUUCGACGAGUCGAUGGCUUUAACUGAUCGGUUAUCGGUAUCGAUUGCUUUCCAAUUCGAUUGAUUUCCACCACUCCCACUCCCCGCCUGGUGCUGCAGCAGCGAAGCGGCGCCCUGUUCGAUCGAGCAGAGCGGCAGCAGCCGUGCAGAGCGAAAAGCACUCGCAGCAAACGACGCGCGCGACCCGGCCCGGGUUCAUCGGCUGUCGGAGCGAACAAGUCGCUCGACGUUCGCCGGCUACCGGGAGCGCAUGGUGCCGGGCAGGCUAGCCGCCGUCAGCAAGCUGCGGCAGACGGCCGUGGGAAGGAGUGCGCAGGCGCGCUCUGGCGGUGGGUCCGACUCUGGUUUUGGUGCAGGUCAAAAUUCGGCUCCACCACCAGGGUAGCAUGCUUACGGGCGAGCGGACGGUUGACGCGGUUUGCACGGAUGCGGAUUUUCGCCGAGCACUGUGAGAAGGCGCGAGAGUGAGACGGGGCUCAGUGGGGCGUUUCCAUUCCGUCCAGUGGUCAGCAACUGUUUCAGCGCGAAACGAGCCGGGGUUUGAUCAAAUAAUGCGUUACGGCAAAAAGUUGGAACUGGUGUGACUGUGAAAAUCGGGCUAAGCAUUGCACAGUGAAAGAAGACCGGGAUGAAAAUCAUUUCAUAUUUUUAGAUUUCAAUACCGGGAAUGUUUUUGCUUUGAAGCAGUGACUUUUAUGUUAGGAAAAACCAAAAAUCCAAAAGUCAAGAUACACGUUUCGCGACCUUAGGAGUUACAUUAUAUUUUGUAAUUAUCAGUUUGUAAGAAGUAUUAUUAUUUCAAAAUUAAUGAUUUCUUCUAAUAGUAUACUUUUGCAAGGAAUAUCAAAGAACAAAAUGUGUUCAAACAGCAGGCUUUUGAAUUAAUUAUUACAAGACGGUAAAGAUGCAUUUUAGCAAAUGCUUAAGAAUAAGAUUAUAAGUAUAUAGUAUAAAUCGCAGCUAAGAUGGUUACAUUAUUUUGAAGCUUUUUCAUAGAUGCAAAUAUUAAAACAAUAAGAUAUACGUAGGAAAUAUCGAAGAUUUUUGAAGAAUGUUUGCGUUUUAAUUGUGAAUACUUCGUUCAACUUAAUAGUAAUAUGACUUUGAUUUUAUUUGUGGUUUGAUUUCGUUUAUGAUUUUGUUUGACACUAAUUUUAGAAAAUUAUUAGGUUUUGGAAGAUCUUGCAACAUGUGAAUAACUAUAUAAAUUCACUCUGUUAUGAUUUUUUCAAAGUGGAUGAUACUUUCGAUUUCUGUCGUAAUGUAAGACAGCUAAUUUACAAUAUCAGCACAAGGAAACUGUUACAAUACCGUUAAACUAGCGAAAAAUAUAGAAAAUAGAAAAUAUUAAGAUCCACUAACAACAUAUUUUUAGCACGGUGUUCGUAUGGGCUGCUUUCACUGUGCAUUGUUAUCCGCCCGCAUUCCGCAGUAGCUUCUCAAAAGCAUUCACUUCAUUAAUUCGAAUUGCUCUUAAAACAGGAGAAGCUUGGUGUGAAGUGUUUGGCUGCUACAUUACUUAAGCAAGCAUUUUCUACGAUAUUUACUCAGCCGUUCUGGAACGGAGAGGAAAACUCUUUAUCUCUAAUGUCCAUCAGCAUUAGAAUAACCAGCCGAGCUGCUUACCAACCACUGUACCACACGCAAUCUCGUUUCUGCGCAUGGGCCCCACGAUGGUUCCGAGGGACUGCCAACCAAGUAUUGGAAGAGCAAAACACGAUAGAGCGAGAAGGGCCAUUCCUCGCAGCUUAGACUUUUGUGGUGCGCGCGCACCCCUCCAAAUACUGGUCGGCGGAGGUGCUCUCCACUAAAACGUCUCAGCCGGUUUCUGGUCUCUAGCUGUUUCUUGUCGGCCGGUUGCUGCCAACUGUUUUAGACAGCAUCGGCCAGAAAUGAAAAAAAAACACUACUGCUUGAACCGGUUGUUACGAUGGCGGCUGCACUAUUAGACGAACGGUAGCGUUGGUUGGUAUGGGGGAGGUAACGAUGUGUGGCAUCGUUGGUAGAAAACCGGUACGAAUAGUUGCGGCACGUCUAGCUCCAACUAACCCUGUGCUCCUGUUGGCUGUGUAGAAUCGGUUUUCUAAGCAACAUGGAUUAGAAAAACUAUACCCCCCAAUCGAUCGCGUGUGGAGCAGCUGCGGGAUAUUAUGGUGAUGGUUUAUGGAACUGUCGUUAGAUGCUGCCUAUAAUUAUAACUAUAAAUAUUUAUUUGUGUAAGCUAAAACUAAUCUCCCACAUUUGAAGUGCUCUCUUUCUCUCUCCUUUUGCUCUCUUCUAAUCAAUGUGAUAGUUGAUCUAAGCUCGCAUAGUGGAACUGUGUAUCGCGCCUUAGCUCUGUCCCUUACCGCACAGCAUCCUAACACAUUCUCUCAAAAGAGAUGAACUAAACAGUCACGGCGAUAUCAACGACCAACGCAGCCAGCCAACGUCGUUGGUCGCAGCGACGCUUCGCAUGCCUUCAUGCAUUAGAUACGUUACGUUAGGAUAGCCUCUCCACAGCGCUGCGCUCCUAGCCGAGCGAGCACAUGGUCAGGUUUCUAAUGCCACUUUGCUGAACCAAGAUUGUGUACGUGCAGUGAACCCUUGUUUCUUCACAAGCGUCAUCCGCGAUGCUCUCGCUCCCCAUUUGGUUUGCUGUUGUUUGGCUUCGCUACCAUCGGGCCCCGGGUUGGCGGGUUUACUGCUCCUUCGAGCACGAUCACGGUUCCAGCCCGCCGGGCCGGAUUAUUGCUUUCGCGAAACUGGGGAGGGGUGUGCUGUUGCUGUGUCUGUGCGCACGGUUUUAGCUAGAAAUUUCCCCAACAAGUGCGAUGGACACUGUACUCGCUCGAACAGGAGCGCAGCACCGCCGGUGGCCCAGAGGAGGAUACGUUUCGGCGGCUCUCCCCUGCCACGACGCGCUCGACUGACACGCGGCCCAACGACCUCCGGUGGGGGCGAACGCAAGCUCCAACGCUACCUGCCCCGUCGCAUGCGGCCCGGACAUGCGUGGACUCGUUGAAGAUCAUCUGGUGCCCAUUAGCGGGUCCGGUGAAGGUUGCGUGAUACAGCGCCACACCACGCCCUGGUGGCGGGUGCACUGGCGAGAGCGGGAAGGCAGUUCGCAUUAGCGCAACACGAUUGCUGUCUCGCUCCCGCCAGCUCGAGCGUGUGGAUACGGAGCGCGGAGAGUGUUGCAACCGCCAGGUUUGUUAUUGUUUUCAUGUUUCUGUUUUCGUACGACUUUCAAUUUCCAUUUCUAAAAUAAAUGAAAAACUAACAGAAAGCUUCUACUACAUUCGGCAACAAGAGAUAAUGGAUGCAUUAAUGUGUUUUGCACCCUUGUUCGUAGAAACGGCGUUACACCCUUGUGUGGCAUAAAAUGAAAUAUUCGAUAGCGUUCUGUUGAAAAGCUAGUUUAUGCAAUCUAAUCUACAGCCCGAAGCUUCACGCCUUCGUCUGUUGGUAGCGCUUCGAGGCCAUUCGAAACGUCACCCAUCGUCUCCGUGGAGGAUUGCGCGCCCUUUGCCACACGAACCAGGGAACCUACCACGGUUCCUGCGCUUUUGGUAGCAUUUGCGUCAAACCAGACGUAUUUGCAGCGUCGCUUUUCUCGCUCGCAAAACCGUUGUGAUGAGACGCGAGUGCGUUUCCUCGAAGGGGUGUGUGCGUUUUUGAAUGCGUUUUGUUUGUGGCCCAAAGAUUCUGCUUGUUUUUUCCCUCUACCCGGGUGCACGUUGAUUAUGGAAAUUUAUGCUUUAUUUUACUAGCGAGAAUCGCUUGAAAAGAACAUAUUUUCGUUUAAUUUUUUCAUCACGGCGAAUUGGCUGUCGCGACAUGCGCCCGCAACGCUUAUUUUCGCUGCUUGGAUGUGUCGAGCGGACGCAAUCUCAACUGUCACGUGUCCGCGGGCUCGCCGUUGUUCAUGGGAACGUUUUCGUGCGCACCGCAACGCGCCCUGCUCGAGCUGCUGGGCUCCCGGUUGCUGGUGCGUCUAGGAUAAACUUGUUCAGCAGCCGAAACGGUGCGGCGACAACUGACAGCUACGGAUUUUCCUUUGUUCUCCGGCUGUCAACCGCGUCGCACACAUCCCGCCGGUAGCCGGUAUCGUUGGCAAUGCGACAGGAAAUACGACACUUGAAAUCGACUGCUUUGUGUGCUGCAGUGAGGAUGGCGUUUGCUACGACUCUGAACGAUAACAGAUUGCACCAGACGGAAGAGGAAUGCUGUUCAGUGCUCGCCAAUCUUUGUCUGCAUUAAAAAAAUCAAUUUCGAGAGCUACAAUCUCUGUGGCGAGCGCUUCGCAGCUUUCGGUACAUCGCUACACCACGGCUUAUAAACGCCAGGCGGUUGCGCCGCCCAGGAGACAACCCAACCCAGGUGACAACUGUUCUACAUUUUUAGCUUAAACUCCUCGUGAACAGCUCGAUUUAACCCAUUGCCUCAUAUAAACGCUUGAAAACAUAGAUGUGUGAGUGAACAACGAUGUGUUGAAGCGUUGAAGUUAAUGUCAGAACUUCGGUAGAAGCCGGACAAACAAGAAGCUUGCCGUUUUGUCCUCAGUGUACAACAACCAAAACCUUGAGUAAGAAUAAAUAAACGAUCUAUCUAGGAGUAUCAGAAUAGCGGUGAAACGCAUGGACCAAGAAAACAAUAUGAAAAGUGUUUUAUAAUAAACUUUUUGUUUGAUAUGGAUUGAAGAGUA